CAGGAACUCCCCGUGGCAAGUGUGAUAAUGAGACAAAUCAAGGAUUAAUCACUUGAACCCCCUCACACAGGCCAGCCCGGGGGAGCCAAGCCUGGGGCAGGGAGACUGGGAGCAUGUGGAUUUGAGCCAGAGGCAGGUUUGUUCCUGGGAAUUUGGUAACUCUCAGGCACCAAAGGGGUUGUGUUACAGCACAAGGGCAUUUUUCACACACUUACAACUUUCAGAUCUCUUUCUCCCCAGCAGGGCUUUGAUCCAAGCCCGAGAUAUUGGUAGGAAAUUAGAGGUGGCUCCCUCCUGUCACUUCAGAGUUUGGACAGGCUGGGGAAGAGAGCUGCCAAUUUCGGGGGUUGAGAGGGAAUGAGACGUUUCAUGUUACACCAGGGAGAAAGUGAAGGAUGGGAUGGGCAGAAUCAAUGCUGCUUUCAGGGUAGAAACACCAAAUCCCCUCCAGAGCUGCUGGGAGCUGUGGGGACAGGGAGGGCUGGGACAAAGGGGAUGCUCCAAGCUGCUGUCCUGUUUUCAUGGUCCAGUGCUCCAAAAAUUAACUGAGCUGUGCCCAGGGCUCAAGUACCAGGGGCCAUUACCACCCUGGGGAUUCCACAGAUGCUGAAGAACAGGACUAAAGAGUCUGUGUGGGGCUCUGCUUUGUAGCUGUGGCAUUCAGAAAAUGAUAAAAAUAUGAUCUUUGCUGGGGAUUAGCAAAUCCAGCAGCCCAGUGUGGAACUGCAGCAGAUUCUUGGGCUGCUGGGUUUGGGCCACCCUCAGCAGUUUCCACAGAGGUCUCACAGGACAGGAAAAAAAAAAAAAAAAGCUCAGAAAUGAGGUCUUUAGAGUCAUUACUUCUUUUCUUUUAUUGAUUUGGGGAGACUGGAGCUGGAGGAAAGGUAAAUCCAUCAGCAUGCCCUGAGCCCUGCAGGGCAGCCCACUGCUUUCCCCUCUCUUUUCCAACAGAAAAAGGAAAAUUGUUGCUGUUCCAGGCACGAGAUCUGUUGGCUUCAACCUGACAGAGUGUCUGUGUUCCUCCAAGGCUGGUUUGGUGCUUGAGCAGUGGCCCACCCUCAGCUGUCCCCCAGGGAGCUGUUGAGCACCUUGUGACACCUGCUCAGACCCUGAGGGUUCUCAUCUCCAUCCCUGGUCCUUUCCACCUCUAUGCCUUUGGGCCCCCAGAGAGGAUGUCUGUGCCCCAAAUCCAAAUAGAAGAGGCUCUGGACAGCAUGGAUGCUGGCUCUGGGGGGGUUCCUCCUCCAGAUGACCACCUGAGGACCCUCAAGGCAUUGACAGAGAAGCUGAGACUGGAGACCAGGCGCCCCUCCUACUUGGAAUGGAAGGCAAAGCUGGAGGAGCAGGCUUGGAAGAGCCCCCAGCCCCAGGGAGAUGGGGAGGACGAGGCCACCAAGGCCAAAAAGACCCCAGGAGAGACUGUCCCCAUGAGGAAGGUGCAGCUGCACCUCAAUGGGAGCCCUGCCCAGGACAAGGGCACUGUCCCCUCGGGGAGAAUAGGUGGCUUUGAGAGCAUUGAUGAAGCUCUGGCGUGGCUCAGGAAGGAGCUGGCAGAAAUGCGCCUGCAGGACCAGCAGCUGGCCCGGCAGCUGAUGCGGCUGCGCAGCGACAUCAACAAGCUGAAGAUCGAGCAGACGUGCCACCUGCACCAGCGCAUGCUCAACGACGCCACCUUCGAGCUGGAGGAGAGGGACGAGCUGGCUGACCUCUUCUGUGACUUCCCCCUCGUCAGCUCCUUCAGCCUCUCCACGCCCCUCAAGCUCAUCGGGGUCACCAAGAUGAACAUCAACUCCCGCCGGUUCUCGCUGUGCUGAGCGGGGUGGGGAAGGAGAGGGAAGGAUGGGGAGAAGGAGGGAGAGAAUUCUCUCUGCCUCGUGGAUGGGUGAGGAGAGGCCAAGGAGGAGCAGAGGGAGGCAGCAGGGAGCCCACAGCUCUUGGUGGCAGCGUAGAGGUGGGCACUGGGGAUGCUCAGGGGAAGGCAGGACCUGCGUGGAAGGAGCCUGGAGAGCAUCCAGACCCAGCACAUGCACCCAGCUCCUUUGCCAAGUCCCUUCUCCUCCCUUCCUCCCACAGGACGCAGCUCAGUGUGGGUGGUUGUGCUCAAAAUAUCAAAGGAGGGGUCAAAAAUCAGCCACAAAGCAAAAUCCCUCUUCCCUUCCCCUUCCCCUCCUCCCAGGCUGGAGCAACAGUGUCACUGUCCUCCAUGGAUGUCCCCUUGGGCACCAACCCUCAGCCUCUGCUGCUCCAAGCAUGGGAUCCAUGGGGCUGUUGGGUUCAGUGGUACCAGCCCCAAGAAGUGAGAAGAUGUGUUUGUUGGAUUGCUCCAUAGAGUCCAGUGCACUGUGGCUUCAUUUCAGCUGUGGUUUACAUUAUGGACUCACCAUGGGCACAUUCAGAGAUUCCAGCUGACCAGAUGUCUCCUGUGUGCCCUGGAAGUUACACCCAGAGCAAUACAAGUUUCUGAUUCUAUUGGAUCCUGUUGUCAGCCACAAGACACCCUGUGGUUCACCCUGCAAACAAGGAAAAGUUGUACCCAAGGCAUGUCCUAUCAGAGAAAUCCCCAGGCUGACACCCCCAGCAGCAGCACCAGCAAACCCUGGGUCCUCUGUAGCAACACACAUCCAUCAGAGAGAGGAACUUCAAGAGGAGAAAGAGGACUUUUGGGUAAUGAACUCAAAACAGGACUUAAAUUUUAAGGGAGAAAUUGCUGUGAUGAGCUUUGGACCUGCAGCAGCACAGGGGAUUCCCUCCCUGCCUGCCCAGCAGAAUGUGAGAUGGAUGCUGUAUUUUCUUGCCUUUCAGUGCACAAGGCUGCCUGUAGCUGGCACAGGGGCAGAGACCUCUGGUGCUGCCCAGAAGGGACUCCAGAGGUCCUGCCAUGGCAAUUUUGGGACACCUGGCAGCCAGGACAGUACAGAGCAAGUGUGGAUGCCUUGUGCCCACACUGCUCCUGACCCUGUCAGAGUGGAACAAUCCUGCUCCAGGUGUCCCUGCCCGUGGCAGGAGGGCUGGCACCAGGAUGUAUUUAUGUUCCUGUCCAGCCCAAACCACUCUAGGAUCUCAGCCCCACUCUGCUGUGCCCGAGCAGGAGCAGCUCUUGGCUGAGCAGACCUGGCUGUGCCCACAGCCCCAGCCCAAAGCCUGGGGAGCAGCUCUGGGAGCAGCUCUGGGAGCUGUGGCUGUGUUUGAUGUGCCUGUAGCUGUCUGUGAGCUCUGUGUGUGUGUGUGUCAGUCGCUGUGUGUGUGCAGCUGAGCCCCCUGGACUCCUCUCCUGUGACACUCCAGGCUGGGCUCACGCCUUUGUUCCAAAAAACCUGAUGGGACCCGGGGUCCAGUGAGACUCCAGCGUGCCUGGGAAGAUGCAAGGACCUCCAGACCUGGGGUUUUAGGUUGGUGCAGAGAAGACAAAUAAUUCCUGUGCCAGGUCUGCAUGGUAGGGACAAAUUCAGGGGCUCACAGAUGCCCCAAACCCUCCGUGGUGCCUCCCAAAGCUCCCUGAGUAUCUUUUCCUUCUGCUAAAGGAGGAAUUUUAGGCACCAGAGCUUUGUCUACACCAUCAGCACCAUGCCUGGGUGCUGAAUCUUGUGCUCCCCAGGUGAGGAAAGUUUAUUUUGGGUUGUGACCAGACUGUCACUCGGCCCCUGGACAAGCCACAGUGCCAUUCAGUUUACUAGGAACAGCCUUAUUUCCCCAUGGACAUCUUGAAAAAAAAAAAAAAAAAACAAAAAAAACAACACCUCAUUGGAAUUCUUCUUUGUUUACUUUUUUCAUAAAAAUAAAUCAGUUUGUGUCCCACAUGUUGAUUUUCAGAGGCGUUUUCAAUCAGAUAUGAUGGUUUUUUUCCAUGAAAAUAAUGCCUUGGGAAGGGGAUUGGUUCUCUCUAGGGUCAGCUGGAGUUGAGUACAGGGUUGGCCUGCCUUUGGGCUCUUGCCUGGUAGCCAAAAGCAGGAGGUUAAUUCAAGCACAGCUCAGUGGGUCAUUACACCUGGCUUUAGAAAAUCAGAUGUCUGGGUUCCAGACCUGUAUUUUCUGCAUUAAUGGGGAUGAGGGAUGGGUGUAACUGCCAGCUGUUUGUCAAAAUGCACAAUUUUUUAAUUAUAAAACUCUGUCUGUAUUGA